AUGGAAGCUUGGGAGGAAUUCACGGCGGCGCCGAACAGCACCAGCAGCAGCAGCGAGAACAACAACGGGGAGUGCCCGCAUGCCGUGGUGAAGGGGAGGAGGACGAAGCGGCAGAGGGUCCUCCAGUCGACGGCGGCGGCGUCUUCGGGGUCCUCGUCGAGUGGGGUUUCCGGCGAGGAGGAGGACCUUGCCCGGUGCCUCAUCCUCCUCGCCAGAGGGGAAGGUAUGGACAAGCAGGAAGCCAAGUCGGAGGAGGAAGGCAUCGGUGGCAGCAGCGGCGGCGGCGGCGGCGGCGGCGGCGAGAAGUUCAGUAGCCGGAGGAUGGCGGAGGCGCCGACAACGACCAACGGGAAGGCGGGCUUCUACGUCUACGAGUGCAAGACCUGCAACAAGUGCUUCCCGUCGUUCCGGGCCCUCGGUGGGCACCGUUCCAGCCACAAGAAGCCCAAGAUGGCUCAGGCGGCGGCAGCGAUGAUCGAUGAGAAGGGAGAAAUAGAGGAGAGGCUGCGGAUGAAUAUCUUGUCCAGUCCCCAGAUGGGCGCCAAUUCCAUCGUCAGCAGCAAGACGAGGGUGCACGAGUGCUCGAUAUGCGGGUUGGAGUUCUCCUCCGGGCAGGCCUUAGGCGGGCACAUGAGGCGGCACAGGGCGGCGACGGCGGCGACGGCGGCGCCGGAGCCCCAGAAGCCCAAGAAGGAGAAGAGCAUCCUCUCGCUGGAUCUUAAUCUCCCCGCCCCCUCCGACGAAGAACGCGGGCAUUUCCGCAAUCCGCAACCGCCCUUGUCCUUCGCCGGCAAGCAACCUAUCGUCUUCUCAACCUCCGCCUUGGUGGAUUGCCAUUACUGA